AUGUCUCAAGUCCAGCCGCCCGCGGCCCAGCAAGAGGCCGGGUCCAGCUUCCUCAAGACGGCCGCCCAGAGCAUCGGCAUGUUCCUGCUCAUCCAGGGCGGCGUCAAGUACUUCCUCAAGGCCCCCGCCCCCGCCGGCCAGCCGGUCCAGGUCGCUCCUGGCGGCGGCGCGGGUGCUGCUGCCGCGAUCCCCGCGUGGGAGCACCGCCCGCACCAGCUCGACGACGGCGCCCAGUACAGCGCGGUGCCCUGGAACAUCGCGCCCAUGUGGCCCACCGGCCAGGCGGUCGACAUCGCCAUGUACGUCUCGCCCUCGGUCGCCAUGCCCGCCCUCAAGGACAUGCCCAGAGACGCCCUGCUCGUGGACGAGAGGGACUUUGUCCUGGGCGACUACUCGCAGAAGCGCGAGAUCCACGUCGACUUCGCCGUGCCCCCCGCCGUCCAGCACAACGCCUCGCUGCUCGCCCACUUCUACGUCGCCCACGCCGGCGCCGUCCAGGACCCCACCCAGCCCGGCUACGACCCCGCCAAGGCCUACCACUUCAUCCGCCCCCUGACCCAGUACCAGCCCAAGAAGAAGAUCUCCAAGACCCGCAACCUGCUCAGCGACAUGCCGGAGAAAGACGUGGUCGAGACGGACGAGGAGAAACAGGCGCCCAAGGUCGUCGCCAACUACUACCACCCCAACUUCACAAUCUCCCUGAUCCCCGACGCCGGCGUCCUCAGCUACCCCCAGAUGCAGCCCGGCCCCCGCAAGUACGUCCAGCUCGACGUCACCGGCCAGCGCGACGCCACCGGCCAGCACGGCUGGUACUACCCCAUCCUCUACACAAACACCUUCUGGCAGCUCAAGAAGCACAUGAUCGAGCUCAACGACACCGUCAAGACGCUGCCCCUGAACGUCAACCUCAACAACCUGGCCCACUGGAAGUUCAACCUCUUCGCCUCCAUCGACGAGAACCUGCGCUCCCAGGCCGCCGCCGCCGCCGCCGGCCAGUCCACCCCCGGCGCCGGAGACGGCUCCGAGAUGGAGAUGUUCAAGGAGAUACUCAUCGACAGCAACUCGUACCUGCUCGCCCUCACCGCCGUCGUCUCCGUCUUCCACAUGCUCUUCGAGAUGCUGGCCUUCAAGAACGACGUCCAGCACUGGCGCAAGAAAAAGGACAACGUCGGCACCUCGGUCCGCACCAUCGUCGCCAACGUCUUCAUGCAGACCGUCAUCUUCCUGUACCUGCUCGACAACAACGAAAACACGUCCUGGAUGAUCCUCUUCGGCCAGGGCAUGGGCAUCGCCAUCGAGGCCUGGAAGAUCACCAAGACGGCCAACAUCCGCGUCCGCGCCACCGCCCCCGGCUCCCUCAUCCCCUACACCGUCGUCCUCGAGGACAAGCACGUCGCCUCGGAGAUUGAGAAGCAGACGGACGAGUACGACCAGAUCGCCUUCAAGUAUCUCUACAGGGUCGCCGUGCCCCUGCUCAUCGCCUACGCCAUCUACUCCCUCCUCUACGACACCCACAAGAGCUGGUACUCGUUCAUCAUCACCACCCUCGUCGGCUCCGUCUACGCCUACGGCUUCCUCAUGAUGGUGCCCAGCCUGUACAUCAACUACCGCCUGCAGUCGGUCGCCCACCUGCCCGGCCGCGCCAUGACGUACAAGUUCCUCAACACCUUCAUCGACGACCUGUUCGCCUUCACCAUCAAGAUGCCCACCCUGCACCGCCUCGCCACCCUGCGCGACGACGUCAUCUUCUUCGUCUACCUCUUCCAGACCUGGAAGUACAAGGUCGACUACACCCGCGUCAACGAGUUCGGCCAGGGCGGCGACGACGACGACGACGUCGAGGAAAAGGAAAAGGAAAAGGAAAAGGAAAAGGAAAAGGAAAACGACGCAAAUCGCCCCCUGCACGCCCAUCCCGACGGCGACAAGAGCCCCCAGACGCCCAAGCCGGUCGAGCAGGCCGAGCCCAAGGACGGGGCCAAGCAGAAGGAGGCGCAAGCCAAGUCGACCGCCACGCAGAAGCAGAGCGCGAAGAGACGGAAGUAG